GAAUAUGGGGGACUGGAAUUUGCUGGGAAGCAUACUGGAGGAGGUGCACAUCCAUUCCACCAUUGUCGGAAAGAUCUGGCUGACAAUUCUUUUUGUAUUCCGGAUGCUUGUCCUUGGGGUGGCUGCCGAAGAUGUCUGGGAUGACGAACAAGAUGAAUUUAUUUGUAAUACUGAGCAACCAGGCUGCAGGAAUGUUUGUUAUGACCAAGCUUUCCCAAUCUCACUUAUCAGGUACUGGGUACUGCAAAUUAUAUUUGUCUCUUCUCCAUCCCUUGUUUACAUGGGCCAUGCACUGUACAGACUGAGGGCUCUGGAAAAGGAGAGGCAAAAGAAGAAAGCCCAACUUAGAGCAGAGCUGGAGGAACUUGAAGUGGUUGUUGAUGAGCACAGAAAACUGGAGAGGGAACUUAGGAAAUUAGAAGAACAAAGGAAAGUAAACAAGGCUCCAUUGAGGGGGUCCCUAUUACGCACAUAUGUUCUGCACAUACUGACAAGGUCGGUAGUAGAAGUUGCUUUUAUGAUAGGGCAGUACUUGCUGUAUGGAUUUGACCUAGACCCCUUGUAUAAAUGUUCACGGUCCCCUUGCCCUAAUAUAGUGGACUGCUUUGUCUCAAGACCAACAGAAAAGACUAUUUUUAUGGUAUUUAUGCACAGUAUAGCAGCAGUGUCAUUGUUCCUAAAUGUUUUAGAAAUCUUCCAUUUAGGCAUUAGAAAAAUAAAGCAGGGGCUUUCUGGUAAAUCCAAUGCUGAGACAACAGAGGAUGAAAUAAGCAGCUGCAAGUCCAAGAAGAACUCUAUGCAGCCUGUUUGUAUCAUGAGCAAUUCCUCCCCAAGUAAGAUCAUCCCCUUGUCUUCAAGUGGCUACAAACUGCUGCCUGAUCAACAAAUGGAUCCGGUAGGACUACCAGCUUACUUGCCCCCAUCCCAGGACUUUAAGGAGGCACAAAUGAUGAGUGAUCAAAAUCAUUAUGGGAAAGUUCUUGCCCCUGACAAGCAUAGGAAAACUGCAGACCAUAGUUGCACUGAGCAUCAGCAGCAGGGAAGCCAUUGCAAGCAAAUCCUCCACUCUGCAGAGCCCCACAGGAUACCCAAUCACACUGACCACUACCAUGGGCACAUGACACACAGGAUACCCACAAUUCAGCCUACCCCUGCCCUCCAGAAGCGCAAUCUGUCCUCCAGCAGUGAAGAUUCCCAAAAGAAACUUAAACACAACACCUGUUUGGGCUCAAAAAGUUGCCUCAAAAGCCAGCAUUCCCUGGAUCAGCCCAGGCACAGUUCUGUGCACCCACUAAGGUCAUGUCUGCACUCCAGCCACAUGGAGCUUCACUCUGCACUACGAAAGUACAGCAGGGUUGGCAGCUGCAAGGACUUUGCUGAGGAUCGCAGUGAUUCUGCAGACAGUGGACAUAGAAAAGUGAGUUCUACAUCCAGGGGAUUAUCCGAGAGCAGACUGAUCAGUGACACUGAGAGUUUGGACUCUAGAAAUGGCUCUGGCUCUGAAUCUAGAAGGAGAGACGAUAGUCCAAGCAUCACUCCACCUCCACCAUCUGGUCGCAGGAUGUCAAUGGCAAGUAAAGCAGCCAGCCCUGGGCUAAUACUGGCCAGUGGUUCCCACUCUCAGUCUAGGCACCCUCAUUAUCAUUAUUACAUAUUACAAACAGUAAACAAAAAUCCCUUAAUAAAAAGGUCAUAG